AUGAGGGUUUAAAACUAUUUACUCGCGCUAUUGCUAUGUGUAAGCCCUACUAUUCCGCUGCUUGGAUGAGAACGCGGAAUGAGUAAUGGCGGAACUCUGUGUAUUGUUCUUGCGCGUAGACUAAAAUAAUGGAUAUUUGUAUCUUAUCACGCACGUCUUGAUACGUCUGUUUCGCGUGACAUUAUGUCCCCCAGGUAAGAUGUGUUGUUUCCGUCACGUUAUCGGUGUGAGAGACAGUGUCCGAAAAGUGAAACUGAUAAAUCUCGAAAACAAAAGUUUUUCACGUUUAUUAGCAAAAGUUGGAGAAUUUAAGUAGCAAACCAAACUGCCUAUCUAUCGAGCAUUCGUCGCGAUAUACCAUUGCUUAUCUUUCAUUGCAAAUGGGAAAGAUAAAUAGAUUUAACCGUAGAUUUAUCCUACAUUAUAAAAAACAGGAUAGAAGAUAUUUUUGAUAACAUUUUUUGUGCGUUCCUUCCUAUUCUGUGAGUGAUGUAAAAACAAAAAAAAAUACAAAAAAAAACAAGUCGGAUCGACGUGUGUACGUGUUACUUGUGCCUGACGAAGUAGCCGAUUUUUUAUUGUUCAUCAUGGUACACGGUAUGAUACCAAGUGCGUAUGCAUACAACUUUUGGGCCGAGAGGCCCGGGGAUGAACCCACGAUGGUGGAACUCACGUGCCUGAUGCCAAAUGGUGUUGUCAUACCAUUUGAGAUCAAUCGCAAUGUUACCUUAGAUCAGAUCAAAGAGGAUCUUUGGGAGGAGGCUACUAAAUAUCCUCUUCAUGGAACGCUUAAAGAUGCGUCAUCAUAUGUAUUUUCGUGUAUCAACUCGAAUGCAGAGAUAGAAGAAUUGCGAGAUGAAACAAGACGUCUCUGUGAUAUUAAACCCUUUUGUUCAGUGUUAAAAGUUAUAGAACGCGAAGGUAUAAAAAGUGAUAGGACUUUGGAUUCCCAGAUUGGUCUCCUGAUUGGCAAGGGAUUGCACGAGUUUGCUGCUCUGAAAAAUUCCGAGGUCAACGAUUUUAGAUGGAAAAUGAGACUUUUGGGAGACGAGGUAGCAUUAAGUAGACAAAAAAAGUCUUGGACGGAAAAAGUGCAUUAUCAGUUUCCUUCGAGAAUAGCACCGACACCUACCACACCUAAAAAUAUUGAGAGCCGUUUGGUUAAUGGAAAUAUUGUUUUAGUUACUAAAAUCGAAAACUCAGAGGCAACAUUUACUUUUCAAAUAGCGCAUACCACCACGCCACCCGAACUACUUGAAAUGAUUCUGAACAAAAGGGCGAACACUUUUAAUACUCGUGGUGAUCCUAAUGACUUUACGCUUAAGAUUUGCGGGCAAGAGGAGUAUUUGAUUGGCGACAAGAUCCCGCUCAUACAAUUUAGUUACAUUCAAGACUGCUUAGCAAAGGACGUUAUGCCGACACUGGUCACGCUCGGCAAACAGAGAGUGCCUGUGGACCAAGAUAGCACCUACGAGAAUCCAGACGUGGAUACUUUGCAGCGCACGAAACCGUCGUCCUCUACGUUAACAUUGCGUAAAAAGGGAAAAUGUAUCUCGGCAUGGAAAAUCGAAGAACCGUUCUAUUUCACGGUGAAUGGAAUUUCUCGACUGAACUGUGAUGCCAUUCAUCGCACUGUGGAGAUCGGAUUGCAAGCUGGUCUUUUUCACGGUGGAAAAUCUCUCUGUGAAAGUCAGAAAACCAAAGAAAUCUUUGUAAGUCACGAGGGUAGUUGCGAAUGGGAAGAGAUACUUAAAUUCGACAUUAAAGUUAGAGAUAUACCGCGUAUGGCGCGGUUGUGCUUCGUGUUGUACGAGAUAAGCAAAACCGCGAAAGGUUUGAAGAGCAGAAAGUUACUGAGAGAUUCGAAACAGGAAUUCUUCAUAAAUCCAUUGUGUUGGGCGAAUACGACGAUAUACGAUUUCAAGUCUCAGUUAAAAACAGGUGCUAUGACGUUGUAUACGUGGACGUAUGCAGAAGAUAUACAAAAUGACGAUCUGCUUCAUCCGCUCGGGACAGUUGUCUCUAAUCCACAUAUAGAUCGGGCAGCUGCUCUUAUGUUAACGUUUCCAAAUUACGGAAAGGAUCAAUGUGUUCUCUACCCCACGCCGGAAAAAAUGGUUGAGUACGCUCAAACACUGCGGGAACAAUCCGACGAUCACUCGAUGGAGGUGAAUUACGAGUCUUGCGUCAAUCAACAACAAUUAGAACAAUUGAGAUUACUGGCCGAUCGGGAUCCGUUGCACGAAUUACACGAGCAGGAGAAAAAAACUAUGUGGACAUUGAGACAUCACUGUCUCCGUGAGAUUCCUACGCUCUUAGCCAAGCUGUUGCAAUGCGUCGAAUGGAACGAUCAUAGAGAAGUCGCGGAAGCUACGGCGCUUAUACAACAAUGGCCGAAAUUACCGGUUGAGAAGGCUCUGGAAUUGUUGGAUUACGCUUACGCCGAUCAAAACGUUCGAAAUUUUGCGGUUCGCUGUUUAAGAGAUGUCACCGACGACGAUCUCAGUCUCUACUUGCUGCAGCUCACUCAAGCUUUGAAGCACGAGAAUUAUUUAGCGUGCCCUUUGACGGAGUUCCUAUUGAAACGAGCACUUAAUAACCAAAGGAUAGGACAUUUUUUAUUUUGGCAUCUUAGGUCGGAAAUGCAAGUCGGCGCGGUGUCCGUACGCUUUGGUCUCAUACUAGAGGCUUACUGCAGAGGAAGUCAACAACACAUGCGAUCGUUAUUCAAACAGAUGAAGUGUCUGGACAAAUUGAAGAGCGUAUCGGAACAAGUAAAGCAAAAGAAGGACCGUAAGGCGGCUCUUCAGGGCUUUCAGGAUUUUAUUCAGGAACCGCAUUGCGAGGAGGCGAUAUCCGAUGUUCUCAAUCCUCUCGAUCCGAGUUUCAGGUGGAAACGUAUUAAGCUCGAGAAGUGUCGCGUGAUGGACAGCAAGAUGCGACCGCUAUGGUUGGUGUUCGAGAACUGCGAUCCUUUCGGGGAUGACAUUUACUUGAUUCUCAAGCACGGAGACGACUUGAGACAAGACAUGUUGACGCUUCAGAUGUUACGUAUCAUGGAUAAAAUCUGGAAGAAAGAGGGUUUGGAUUUACGCAUGAAUCCGUACGGUUGCAUAUCCACGGAAAAUAGGGUCGGGAUGAUAGAAGUUGUGUUGAACGCGGAAACCAUCGCGAACAUUCAGAAGGAGAAAGGAACGUUUUCCGCAACAGCGGCUUUCAGAAGAGGCUCUUUACUGGCUUGGCUUAAGGAUCACAAUCACACGGAAGCGGCGUUGAACAAGGCCAUUGAGGAAUUUACUUUGAGCUGCGCGGGUUACUGCGUCGCCACGUACGUUCUGGGAAUAGCCGAUAGACACUCCGACAAUAUAAUGGUCAAGAAGACUGGGCAACUGUUUCACGUGGACUUCGGCCACAUCUUGGGCCACUUUAAGGAGAAAUUCGGAUUCAGACGCGAACGAGUACCCUUCGUUCUGACCAACGACUUUGUGCACGUUAUAAACAAAGGUCAAACGAAGAAGGGACACGCCGCCGAAUUCCAGAGAUUUCAGAGUCACUGCGAACAAGCGUUCUUAGUUUUGCGUCAGCACGGUGGACUCAUAUUGUCACUAUUCGCCAUGAUGAUAUCCACGGGACUGCCUGAACUUUCGUCAGAGAAAGAUUUAAAUUAUCUUAGAGAUACCUUGGUUUUAGAAAUGUCCGAGAGCGAGGCGCAAAAGCAUUUUAGGAGUAAAUUCGACGAGGCUCUCUGUAACUCAUGGAAAACGUCGUUGAAUUGGGCGUCGCACAAUAUGUCUAAAAACAAUAAGACUACUUGAAUAGCGACAAUCGUGCGGCGUGAUGAGUCUGACACACACCUAAGAAUGCGGUCACGAUGUUAUCUAGAACAAUGUGCGUCGUUAAAGGUAACGCUUUCCGACAGCAUUCGACAAACACGUCGCGGGUGGCUGCUCGCCUGUUACUUGCGAAUAUUGGAGAUCGUCGUUCUCGCGCUGUUGGCAUCGUCCUCGUUGGUGCCGAAAAUCUUGGACUGUUGUGCGAUUCGGCUGCGUAACCAGUGUAGAAUUGAGACUGUAUAAAGAAAACAAAAAGAGCGAAUCGUUUCUACUUGAUAACGGACUUGUAUUAUUUUACACAAAGUGAUUCUAAAUCGUGAAUCAAAUAUUAGUCUUGUACAUUUUUAGAGAAGCGUCCCUACGCAACACACACAAAGCGAAUGAAUGCCUACGUUCGGUACGAAUUAGUACAUUCUCUUUCGCGUACGGAACGUAAGGUACAUAUCAUUGAACAAGAUUUUUCUUAAGAUUUUCGUUUUUUAGGUUUAAAAAAAAACUUAUUUUUUGGUCGUCUGACUGAUCGGUAAUUUCUAACUUAACUCUUAAGUCGCGCGAAAAAAGGUUCGUCCUUUGAGAAAAAAACAAAAAACAAAAAAAAAACUUAUUUAAUCUGCGCGUUCGGUCGAGAAUCGAUCAAACCUCGUCUGAUUAGGAUGUCGGUCCGAAGCCGUGCGUCGUCCAUCACAAUAUUCCGAAAUCCUGUGAUGACGCGCAAACAUAUUGCUCACAACAAUAAAGUUGCAAGGAAUCCUUUUUUUAUAUUAUUGCUCUUAUUGAGUCGAGAAUGACCGAUUCGAAAUAUAAAUGCUACAAUGAUUUAUACACAAAUAUAGAGACGUUUGUUAUUAUAAUUAAUUUACUUUAUUCACUGAGGAAAUAUGUAAUAAAUCUGAAAGAACACGAGCGACGUUAUUUAAUUUAACACAGACGAACAAGCUUGAUGUGGAUUGUUUCGAUGAUGAAUGGCCAACGGUUAGUUCCGCGCCAUUCGCAAUGACAGUGUGAUAGCCCAAAGCAAUAUCUAAUUUUACAAAACUGCACAUACACACGAACAAACAAAUACACACACACACACACAGACAGACAUACAGCACCGGCAAAAGUAUUUUGAAUGGUACGAAGUAGAAAGUACAUGCGAUGCGAUCGGCCGAUGAAGCGGCGAUAAAAAAAAAAUUUAAAUACUAUAAAACAAAUAUUUCGUUUAUAAAUAUACACCAACCGCGUGGAAAUCUGUACAUUAAUUGCACUGAUUUGUAUAGGUAGUACACUGCCGACUGAUGAUAUUUUUCUUACACGACGUAUAUGUAUAUAUGUAUAUAUAUAUAUAUGUAUAUUUCCGUGUGUCAAACAAUUUGCUCUUUUCUAUUAAAGAAAAAAAAUCAAUUUUGCGUUGGUGAGGUCAGAAAAUGAGAAAUUUCCUAAUUCA